CUUCCGCUGCUCAUUCUCUCGGGCGGAGCCUUCCGUGAACCCGGCUACGUUUGUCUGUGCCACCGUCUCUCUUCUGGGUUUCAAUAAAGUUUUCCUCUUCCUCCCCUGGUACGGAGCUCAAGAUGGCGGCAUCAUGGUCGCCCUUGGUUACCCUGCGCUUAACGCAGAGCCGGCUGAGAGGGAGAUGUGUUGGGUGCAGGGCUUGGGCCGCUGCUCUCACCCCUUCGGCCAUCGCCCCUGGAAACCCUCUUUGUAAAGCCUAUUCACUUCAGCCCCCUGAGAGUAUGUCUCCAACUGCUGCUACAGAGGCUUAUUCAAAAGCUUUAGCUGUUUGCCAUGGACCACUGGACCACUAUGACUUUCUGAUCAAAGCUCGUGAGCUAAAGGAUGAUGAGCAUCAAAGAAGAGUCAUACAAUGUCUGCAGAAACUGCAUGAGGACCUUAAAGGAUACAGGAUAGAGGAAGGCCUUUUUUCUAAGCUUUUUUCAAGGAGCAAACCUCCAAGGGGCCUGUAUGUUUAUGGAGAUGUGGGUACAGGGAAAACAAUGGUGAUGGACAUGUUUUAUGCUUAUGUGGAAAUGAAGAGGAAAAAACGUGUUCAUUUUCAUGGUUUCAUGUUAGACGUUCACCAAAGGAUACACCACCUUAAACAGAGUUUGCCAAAGAGGAAACCAGGAUUCAUGGCUAAAUCAUACGAUCCAAUAGCUCCUAUAGCUGAAGAAAUUAGUGAAGAAGCAUGUCUCUUAUGUUUUGAUGAAUUUCAGGUCACUGACAUUGCUGAUGCCAUGAUUCUGAAACAGCUUUUUGAAAAUCUGUUCAAAAACGGGGUCGUCGUUGUGGCAACAUCCAACAGGCCACCGGAAGAUCUCUAUAAAAAUGGACUCCAAAGAGCUAAUUUUGUCCCAUUCAUAGCUGUCCUGAAGGAAUACUGUAAUACGGUCCAACUAGAUUCUGGGAUAGAUUAUCGGAAAAGGGAGCUUCCUGCUGCAGGAAAACUCUACUACCUUUUCCUCCAGAAAGUUGUCUCCAGUCUUUCUGUCUACUUCUUGGGAUGGAAGCUUCCUGGACUGGUAGGGUUCUGGAUGCUGAAGAGCACAAGUGAAGCUGAUGUGGAGGCUGUCAUGGAUAAGUUGUUUGAUGAGCUGGCUCAGAAACAAAAUGAUUUAACUAGACCAAGGAUUCUAAAAGUGCAAGGCAGAGAGCUGCGGCUGAAUAAAGCCUGUGGAACCGUUGCCGACUGCACAUUUGAAGAGCUGUGUGAGAGACCACUUGGAGCCAGUGACUAUUUGGAACUGUCAAAGCAUUUUGAUACAGUAUUUUUACGAAACAUUCCACAGUUUACCCUGGCAAAGAGGACCCAAGCUCGGAGAUUCAUAACUCUCAUUGAUAACUUUUAUGAUUUCAAGGUGCGCGUAAUUUGCUCUGCAUCAGCUCCUAUAUCAAGCUUAUUUUUGUAUGAUCAUCAUGACAGUGAGUUGGAGCAAAGCAGAAUACUGAUGGAUGAUUUGGGGCUGAGCCAGGACUCAGCGGAAGGACUCGCCAUGUUUACUGGAGAAGAGGAAAUCUUUGCAUUUCAGCGCACAAUUUCCCGACUCACAGAAAUGCAGACUGAACAGUACUGGAAUGAAGGAGAUAGAAGCAAGAAGUAACCGUCACUUUUGCGUGAAUAAAACUCUGGACAAAUGAUUACUGCAGGGAGAACUCUUUAUUACGGGACUUGAAGGAAUCAUUUUCUCAUCAUUAAUUAUGCACUUUGUCCUCUGGACCAUUUUUAUCUAAAAUUGCUGUCAAAGAUAUAGUGGUUUAGUAAGUUAAAGCCAUUUUUAGGUCUACUUUUUGCCUGUUUAUUUGGCCCUAUUUCUACAUCACAAAAUUAAAAUCAGCACUCUUAUCUAGCUGAAUGUAGGACCAGGCAUUUUGGUUUCAUAUUAAGCUACCUGAAUGAACCUUGAAUACACACACACUCAGUAAACGCAGGGUGUCUGGACAUCUGUGAGCUUUUGGCUACCUGGUAGCCACAUGAUAGAAACACAUCUUUAUGAGAGUGGAAGAAAAAAACCAACAUUUCAAUUCAAAACAGAAAAAGAUUUCUGAUGGACUUAUCUCUGUGAUUGUUGGGGGCUGUAAAUUACUUUAAAUCUCCCAAGUCUUCAGGCUUCCUUACAGCAGAGAGUGUUUUUUACCCUGAGUUCAAGCUUUGCAGGCAGGACCUGAUCUCCAGUGGACACAUAGCUAACUGAAAAAAAUCAAGGAUUAUGAAACCAUAGAAUAAGAAACAGGGGUGUCAAAUUCAACCGACAGGCAGAUUCCCCCAACUCUGACAGCCCGGAAGACAAACACCAGGAGUGGGGACCAGUAGAGUGUCGGGAGGGGUAGCGUCCUGGAGACCCUAAGCAGCAGAAUGGACUCUGCUCACUUGAGGCCAUAAGACCCCAUGGACCCCGCUCCUUCCCGCUGCUUACGUGUGUUUGCUCUGCUCACAGAUGUCACUCCCUCCCUUGCCUCUGCUUCUGCAGUGCGACGGGCUUAACGGUAAAUGGGAAAGAACGUUCGCUUGACAAAUCUACUUAAAUGAAAUCUGAUUUGCCCUCCAUGGAAGUCAUUCCUUGACUCACUACAAUACAACCUGACUUUGCUAACUGUCACUCACAGAAGGAAUCUUGGUUGAGGCUGUUACAAGAGUCUAAAUCCCUAUUCAAGAAAAAAAAAAGAGAAAAGAAAAAGAAUUGAAAUCCAAAAAUCUUGUGAAAAUUAAAUAUUUUGGGAGAGUAGGCACAGGUGAGUCAGUUUAAAUAAAUGAUUACAAUUAUCAACAUAAGUAAACUCUUAAAACUAUGUCAUUUACAAGUUAAUAAUCUACCCGUGCUAGUCUAUUUUGGACCUUGACCUAAGUCAGUCAGAUGGAUAGGUAGGGUACCCAAGAAUAAAGAAAAAUUUAAAUCAAAACUUCUGAAAAUUAAAUUAGAUUUGAAAGUAUUUUUAUUGAAGUGAAACAGUGAGUUCAAAAAGAUGUUAAACAGGUUACAAGGGAGAAAGGACAGGAAAUAACCACUGUGCCAGAUUUAUUGCUAGAAAUUUCUAAAUCUUGCAUAAAAAUAUAAUCCUCAAGAGACAAAUAUAACCAUCCCUGUUUAUAGACAAGAAAACUGAGGCUCAGAAAAGUAGCUUGACUGGAGAUUCGUAGUUUACAACUACAAGACUCACGUACUAUGUUUUUUACCAUACUACCUCUAUAAAAACAAGAUCAUUUUUAAGAGUAAUUCUUUUUUGUUUAAUAAAUUUACAACAGAACCAUUACUUUGAACUCAGUAAGUAUAAAAUAUUUAAUUUUAGUCUUUCAAUCUUAGCUUUUUGUUUUCACAGGUUUUUUUUUGUUUGUUUUUGUUUUUGCCAGAUAUGUUAUCCUUUAAUAAAAAGACAGUGUGAAUGCAAGACAGACUGACUGGUGGACAGUCUGCUUGAUAGAAAGAGGAACUGUCCCUGAGUGUGUGGGAGUAUGUGAAUAGUCCCCCACUCAAGUUCUGUUGAACAAGUUCAUCUGAGGUCAGGUAUUUGAAAUGAGAAUUUGAUUUUUCCAUAGAAACAAUAAUGUGAUGUUAGUUAGGGCCCUGGCUAACUGUACAGAAGCUUAUGGAAUUCUCAGUGCAAAUGCCUUAUAAUUUUGGUACUAAACAACUUAAACUCCUUGUAAAAUACCGUUGCUGCAAGGUAAAACUAUAGUUCGGGUUCCACCUGAGUACCCAGAUCAUGUCUGCACUUCUCUCCUGCCCUCUAGGCCCCCUUUCCUGGACCUGGUGGGACAGGCCAUGGUGGAAGGGGCUUGCUGAGAGUGGGGUCUGUGGGGAUGGGAUGAGGAGACAGUGUAAGGGUCUGUUAUAUCGGCCUAAGUACCAGAAGGAAAGAGGAGGGAUUAUCAGGAGGUAGCUGGAAAUGGUACAGUGCUAUUUCUAUCUCCUCUCCAGAAAUUGUUUCAUAAAAGAGCCUACAAGAAAAAGAAGCAAAAGCCUUCAGGAAAACCUGUUACCAGGAAACAAUAUGAUAGUUCUACUAAAAGGGAAAUUAAUGCCAAAAUGAGAGGAAAAUGACUCCUAGAUUGGAAAGCAACAUUUUAAUAUAUGUGUUGUUUCUUCCAAGUCCUGCCCCAGUUGCCAUCUCAGCACUCCAGUCUUUUCCCUGGGAUUAGAGCAGAUGCUCUGUCUCUCUUUUUGAACUGCUUUUAAUUUGUACUUGAAGAUGAGGUUUGAACUGACUGUUGCUGUGUCAUACUCCCAUUCACUUAAGAGGUGACGAAGGGUCAUGCUGAGGGUUUUUAUUGUUGGGAAAAUGCCUCCAAAAUGACCACUAAUUUCCAAAUUUAGAAGAAAUCAAGUGGAGAAAAAGAAACACAUCACUGCAUUAUUCUUGUAUUUCUUUAGACAAUGGAUAGGCUUAUCUGUUAACAUCGGUAAUAAUGACAUGGUAGACUUAAAGAAUUUUUAACCUAUUUCUGAUGUUUACAAGACUCCAAAGACUAGUACUGUUCUAAUCAAAUUUAUGCAUUUUCAGUGGGAUUUCAAGUUUUAGUCAUAAGGCAUUAUUUUAUGCCCUCUGAAUAUAUUUCGUAUACCUAUAGGUGUACAAAUAACAUAAUUUAAAAAUUACUUGGAAUUUGGAAAAUUAAAAUUUUAUUGUAAAAUAUGUAAAUGGACAUACUCAUAUCCAUUUAUUUAUUUAGCAUUAUUUAAGAAACACAUUGUGCUUACUAUGUACCAGGCAUGGUUCUAAGUGCUUUAUAAAUAAACUGUUUUGAUCCUUAUAAUAAUUCUAUGAGAUAGGUACUGUUAUACCACUUGCAGACAGUGAAGCUGAGGUAGAGAAAAUGGGUCCAACAACAUACUGAAUUGCUAAGAUGUACACUGAAGUCAGUAAAGUGAUCAAAAUACUGACUUAAUAAACUUUAAUGUAACUGCUUCUGUCCUGAAAAA